AUGACUGAAGACAACCACUCAAUGACAACUGAAUUUAUCAUGAUGGGAUUUACAGAUAACCCAAAUCUGAAGACCUUUUUGUUUGUGGUAAUCUCUGUCAUCUAUCUGGUCACCAUGGUAGGGAAUCUAGGGUUGGUGGCCUUGAUUUACAUGGAGCGCCGUCUUCACACACCAAUGUACAUCUUCCUGGGCAACCUGGCUCUCAUGGAUUCCUUCUGUUCCAGUGCCAUCACUCCCAAGAUGUUACAGAACUUCUUUUCCCAGGGCAGAAGAAUUUCCUUCUAUGAAUGUAUCACACAAUUUUAUUUUCUCUGUUUUGCUGAAUCAACAGACUCCUUUCUUCUGGCAGCAAUGGCUUAUGACCGCUAUGUGGCCAUAUGCAGACCACUGCAGUACCACACCCUGAUGUCAAAGAAACUCUGCAUUCAGAUGACCACAGGAGCCUACAUAGCUGGAAUCCUGCAUCCCAUGAUUGAAGUAGGACUUUUAUUUAGGUUGCUUUUCUGUGGGUCUCAUCAAAUCAAUCACUAUUUUUGUGAUAUCCUUCCGUUAUAUAGACUCUCCUGUGUUGACCCUUAUAUCAAUGAAUUGAUGGUACUUAUGUUGGCAGGGUCACUUCUAAUCUGUACUAUUACCAUAGUAGUAAUCUCUUACCUCUAUAUCCUUUUCACUAUAUUUGCAAUGAAAUCCAAAGAGGGAAGGGGCAAAGCUGUAUCUACUUGUGCAUCCCACUUUCUCUCUGUUUCCAUAUUCUAUGGUUCUCUUCUCUUUGUGUAUGCCAGACCAAGUUCAUUUAAAGAAGGGGACAAAGAUACACCUGUUGCUAUUUUUUAUACUCUAAUAGUUCCUUUAUUAAACCCUUUUAUUUAUACUCUAAGAAACAAGGAAGUAAUAAAUGCUAUAAAAAGGUUUUUAAGCAAAAGUCAAUUUUGUAACUUUCUAUAA